GCCAGCUGACAGUUACUUUUGGGCGAAUGAUGUCGUGUUUUGGUUUCGGAUAAUUGUAUUAUUUUAUAUUUAAUUUCCCCUGCUAGUUGCUGAUUUGUUGUUUUUAAAUUAUUUAAAUUGUUAAAUCUAUCUAAAGGUGUGGCAUAGUUUAGCUGGACGUCGUAUUGUUUCAGCCCUUCCUACUAGUUUUUGAGCUGUAUGACCUUCUUAUUUUUCACUACUGCGUUGUAGUUGGAAAAAUCACGUUCGUAUCAAUUUCACCAUCGGUUUUCUCUCGGUGGCUUAAAAGUUCGUUUUGUUUUGUUAUUUAAAGCCGUGGGCGGUUUAUUUUUGUAUAGUUAUAUCGUCCGUUUCUCGCAGUCAUCUCGAGGGAAUGGUCAUUUAAAAAGCAUUGUAACUUGGACGGAUAUUCAUUUGGAAGGAUGAUUGAGGAUGAACCGAAUGGCAAUAUCAUUCAAAAUGUGCAAGUUCAUGUAAUACCGAUUACAAUAGAAGGUAGAGAAGUGAGCUCCCCGAACACAUCCCCUCAGAGGUUGUCAUCCUCAAGUUCACCGAGCAACGGCAGAUUUACAAUGCCCGAGCAUAAAAGAAAACAUAAUGAUUUCGAGAAUAAAAAGCUCAACAGAGGAAUAUCAAGAGCGACCGAUAAUGUAAAUAUUGUCUCACAAGCUAGGUCAUCUAUGUUAGAAGAUCAAGAGUACUUUUUAGAAACACCGAUAUACACUUUUGCUCUCCCGGAUAUCAAUACUUUUGACGAGGAGUUUAAAAAGUUUUUAGUAAAAGAUCUAAUUGCCAUUUCAACCCAAUCGUCAUUAGAGCAAGCCAAUCGAUUGAAUUGGUGGACAAACUAUUGUCAGAGGCUUUGGCCUUUAUCGACAAGCGGCGAUGGAAAUUGUCUUCUUCAUGCAGCUUCAUUGGGGAUGUGGGGUUUUCAUGAUAGGCUGUUGACGCUUAGGAAAACGUUGCACUGCUACUUAACCCAGUCUCCUAGGAAAGAAGCACUUUGGAGGCGAUGGAGGAGACAGCAACAUCUUCUCAACGCUCAAGCGGGACUUGUAUAUUCUGAAAUUGAAUGGAGACAAGAAUGGAAUGCAAUUGUUAACAUGGCUUCAUCAGAACCAAGGCUCAGGAGGCUGAGCGUUCAAAGCGAGCCUGGUUCAGAAAGCACUGCAGGAAAUAUUUACGAGAGCCUUGAGGAAAUUCAUGUAUUGGCAUUGGCCCAUGUGCUGAAACGUCCUAUUAUCGUUGUAGCUGAUACAGUGCUAAAAGAUAUGAAUGGUGAUGAUUUAGCACCAAUACCUUUUGGUGGGAUUUACCUCCCACAAGAAUGCAAUCCUGAUGAGUGUUUUCGGUCCCCUCUGCUUUUAGCUUAUGAUGGGGGUCAUUUUUCUGCUCUUGUCUCAAUGGAUUCACCAUCAAGUGCAGCAUCUCCUGCCAUUCCGUUGACUGAUAUGCUCGGUGACCUACUACCCAUUCAAUUCAGCAUUGAUCCUGAUCCAGGAAACAAUGGAAACAAUGAAGGCCAUUUUGUGGAAUUGACUCAUGCCCAGAAUGUAGAAUUGCUCUCCACUUAUUUGAAUCUGAUCAAUAUUGAACCAAACCUUGCCCCGCCGCAAGAAGAGCCGAAAAAUGGCCUUUUGGGAAGUAUCGGCAAGUCAGUCGGCCAAAAGUUAAAGAUGAAACUUUUGAGGAGCAAUUCUCAAAGGCAAUCAAAACCGAUUCUUUGCGCACUCCUCAACCUUGACAAAAGGCAUGAAUACCACGAGGUAAUGAUCAAAAACUAUCUAGACACAGCAAGGGAGAGGUUUCAGUUACAUCUAGAAAACAACAAAGCGGAAUAUUCAACUGCUGAAGGAGGUCUGAGGUACAAUGCCGGAAAGUCGAAGUUUUACACAGAAGUCGAUCAAGAGGCACACGAUAAAGUGAGCCAACUGACGCCCGUGAAGCCACCGUCAAACGAUGAUAUGACACUUUACCUUUCAAAUUCAACUUUUUACGAAACUAGUCAGUUGUGUAGAACCAACGAUUGUAAUUUCUUUGGCAACCCUCAGACAGAUUAUUACUGUUCAAAAUGUUAUAGUGACCUUUAUAAAAAUAAGUGUUAGUACAAAGUAGUAUGUGAAAUAUUAUAUUUUUCUCCCCAUGAGUUUGAAUGUUCAUUGUUUUCAUGUUCCCUUGUAUUAUUUUUUUAAAUUCACUUUAAUUAAAAGUGAAAAUUUAAAAGAAAGUAUUUCCCUAAAAUUUAAUCGGUUCCAAAACUUGUUAGAAUUUUAAUAGUUUGUAGAUUUUUUUCUUUUAAUAAAUACUAAUUAGCUCUAAGAGUCAAACUAUUCCCAGAAAGUUAAUCCUUACUUUUUGUGAUUUUCUUUUUUGUUAUAAACUUACACACUCAUACUUUAUUUUUGCACAUUGCUUAAUCUAUGUUUGUUGAUCAAGAAAUUUUAUUUUUCAAAAUGUUGUUGAAUACACUAUAGCGUUUGUAUCGUAUUUUAAUAAAAACAAAUAUUUUUGUGAAGUUUUUAAAAUUUAAAUAUAUUUUUUACCCUGUUCGAAGGGUUUGAGAUAUUGUAAAAUUAAGAUAUGUUACUGUAAGGUUUUGAAACAGUUUUUGUUUUCAAUGAAUACCUUUAAAAUUAAUUAUCUCAUAGCACAUCACCAAUUAUCGAUUAAACAUUUUUUCCAGAGAUUGAUUAUACAGGAAAACAUUUUUUGUUUUAUUUAGAAGUUUCUUCUGUAAAACACAUACAUUUAUAUAAUUUGAAAAAAAAAAAAUCUGAUCACUGAGUACUUAAGUAUAUUAAACGCACUUUUACUCAUUUAAAUAACGCAUCACUAACAGUAACACUUUUUUUUAACACCUGUAAUACUAGUCAUUAUAAUAUAAGACUAAAAGAUGAAACAAGCAUUUUGAAACAAUUCUAACAGUAAUGUGCCAAAAAUUGAAAAAGAAGAGAAAUAAAAUGGUAACCUGAAGCAUUUGAUAUAACCGACUGUUUGUUAUAGUUUUUAUAGAAUCUAAAUAAUAAAAUAUCUCCGCUUUACAAGUUUGAACUCAUGUACAAAAUUUUUUAGAUUUUACCUUAGAAGUACAAUUGUUAUUAAUGUUAAUAACUUGGUGUUGUUGAUUCCCAAAAAUCAGUGCCAUUAAUUUAAAUGAUAAUAAUAAAAAUAGAAACAAAGUUACCUUAAAGAUAAAAUAUUUUUCCCCUUAGUUAAGUUUGGUGAUUUAUUGAAUAAUUUCUGAUUGUUAUUUAUCGUCAUACUUGUUUCUUGUUUAAAUUAAAAAAAAAAAAAAAACUAAAAAAACUUAA